GGCGAUUAUUACUCCAUCAUCCUACUAAACAACGCCUCAAGUACAGAGUAUCUGAUCAAGCCUCCUGAUCCAGUUCCCACUCCAUAACCUCCCACAAGACAGUACACUUUCAACGCCUAUCACUUUCCAAAUCGCCCAACACUCUUCCACCACUUCAGACUUCGUCACUCCGCAACAAUGGUUGCCAUCGCUCUCGCCCUCGGCGCCGCCAUCUAUUUCACUGCCGAAAAAGUGCGCGACCACAAGAAAAAGAAGCAAGUCUUGAAAGCUCAACAAGCUCCGCGAGCGGACUCAGUUGCACCAGCCUCCCCGUUCGAGAACAACGCAGCCCGCCGCUCGGGAGAAUCGCUCCCACCAUAUGUGGUGUUCAGAGAACCUCCAGCGUACCAAGUUAAAGACCAACACCACGAACUUAAGGUCGCCAACUAAGCCCCCCCGCCGCCCCGGUCAGCGGCGCGUGGGACUUUCGAAGGCGCUUAGACGGAGCCGGAGGUUUGGACGGAGCCAGGUUUUAGACAUCGCGGGGGGAAGAGGGGGCGUUCGGAUCUUCUAGCAUGUUGGCGUUCCCUUGCAUCUUGUUUCCGAGGGGUAUAGCGUCGAGGAAUUUGUCAGGAGAUUUCCCCAUUAGACACUGGCAUCGGGGUCAUUGGACGAGUUGCACAUAGCCAUUAAUAUUGAU